AUGACGGUGCCAUGGAAUUACACAAGUGAUUCAUCGGCUUCGAGUCAUCGCGAACUAUCGCAGCAUCGAGAACGGAUUGACUGGGGCUCCCGCCAGCUCCACAUCCUUGGCACCACCAGCGACAACACCUUCACACCUUGCCGCACUGUUUACACCCCGCGGCACAUUCCUGGUAGCGGGGACAACAUCCGCCGCUGGGGCGUGCACCGUGAAUAUCGCAAGGCCAGUGUGGUCUUCUUCCUACGCCCUACAUUGCUGGACCGAACACGCGCUGCGUACCCCGUGGAAGCACCGGCCACCCUUUUCCUGAACGGUGUGAACGUCCGCGCACACGAGCCCCAGUCCCAUGAGGAUCGACAAUCCCGGAAUUCUUGUGCAGACCAGUCAAAACAAUCCAAUCUGAGCUCACUGGGAGCUGAGGACAUCUCCUGGAAUUUGUUGAACAUAUUUCCAGCGGGCACCGUUGCUGAACAUAUUUUGGUGCAAUCAGCAACACAUCCAGAGACUGCCUUCAAGACGCAGUAUCCUCCAUCGAACCAGCGAAUUGCUAUACCAGCAGCGGAACCGGAUUAUCGCAUUGCCCUUGACAAUCGCGGUCAUCCAUCGCAGCUUCCUUUUCCAACCGUCGACAUUGGUCGCAUCCUGGACGGCAUCGGCGGGUUGUUGUUACCUCCAUCCACCACCUCCUUGCCAGCUGCAGUUCAGCCCACUGACACUCCGAACGAGAACUCGCCAAACGCAGUAACUUCUGCUACAGUCGCGACUGGCGCGGUUCCCGCCAACAUCCAGACUCGUAACGACCACCCGGUGCAAAACAAAUAUUCAUACAAUAUGGUGCUGACCUCGAAUCAGGCCAAUGCCACCAAUCCAAUCGAAACCAACAAGUUCUAUGCUGGCCUCUUCCUGGGUUCGCAGACCAACGCUACUUUCACUCAGCCUUACUCCCUUGCCUGGUCGCGAGGAGGUGGAACCCUCAAGAGCUGGGGAAUGAGUGUCUCUCAUGUGGAGGCCAAUGUUCUUGCCUAUGGUCCCCCGAACACCAAGCUUCCUGGCAGCCCUGUCAGUUACUACAUCAACCCUAUCGGUCUCCAGCAUGUCAUUCUGUCUGCCUCUGAGCUAGACGAAUCCAGUGUCUUGAACACGGAGGAGCCCAAGGCGUUUUCAGCCCAGGCGGUUCUCAAGCGAUCGGGUGGUUCAUCUCAGAGUAUCACAUUCCCCAUUGUUCAGGGUAUGGGCUAUGUGACUGGCGUAUACAGCGAUCUGCAGCCCCUCGUUGAGAGUGGAGUCUUCUUCCGCAAGGUCGUCAAUGCCGGAUCUCCCAAGCCAGGUAUCUUCAAGUACCAGCUUUUCCUUGAAGAUGACAGCGUUUGGUUGCUCUAUGCUACCCCUGACGAUGGAAAAGACCCGCAGUUCCAGCUGGUCUCGACUUCGAGCUUUCGUGGUCCUGCUGGAUUUACUGGGACCAUUCAAGUUGCCAAGAAUCCCGCUGGUACGGCAGGUGAGAAGUUUUAUGACAACUCUGCUGGCGUGUAUCCCGUUGCGGGUGCCGUUUCUGGUACUGUCACUGGCACUGUGGGCACUUACGGUCUUUCGUGGACCAAGGCUGGCAAGAAUGCUACUGGUACCCCCCUCAUCAUGUUUGCUUUGCCGCAUCACGUCGAGUCCUUUGAUACCAGUACCAUUGGUCGCGCCACCGCGAUUCACCUUCGCACCACCACCAAGGGAAAUGCAACUGCCGUGAUUGGAGACAACUGGGUUAUGACUGAGCCAGAUCUGCCGACGGACAUGGGAUUCGCUCCUUGGUCACCUACCAAGGGAAGUGUGCACACAUUGUCGGCGGAUGCCCAGCGAUCUAUCGUCCAAAUCGCUCCUGUUGAGCUACAGCAGGAUAUCGAUGGCCAGACCAAUCUGAACAGUAUGUACUACAGUGGCAAGGCCCUGAGUAAAUUUGCGACCUUGAUUUGGACAGUAAGCAAUCUCGGCAACAACCCUGAUAUCACCAAUACGGCCUUAGUGGAGCUCAAGAAAUGCUUUGCCCGCUUCGUGCAGAAUCAGCAGCAGUUUCCACUUGCCUAUGAUGCAGUCUGGAAGGGUGUUGUGUCAACUGCCGGCUAUGCUGGUGACUUGAACGCCGAUUUUGGCAACACUGCUUACAAUGACCAUCACUUCCACUACGGCUACUUCAUUCAGGCUGCCGCUAUCAUUGGUUCCCUUGAUCCGACCUGGCUGGCUCAAAACAAGGAGUGGGUCAACAUGCUUGUCCGUGAUGCUGGCAACUCUGUCGAGGAUGAUCCGUACUUCCCCUUCUCGCGCUCCUUUGAUUGGUUCAAUGGUCAUUCGUGGGCAAAGGGUCUCUUCGAAUCCUAUGAUGGGAAGGAUCAAGAGUCUACUUCGGAAGACACCAUGUUUGCCUAUGCAGUCAAGAUGUGGGGCCAGACCAUUGGCGAUGCUAGCAUGGAGGCCCGUGGAAACAUGAUGCUGGCCAUCCUGCGCCGGUCCCUCCACAACUACUUCCUCAUGCAGAGCAACAACACCAAUCAGCCGAGCAACUUCAUCGCGAACAAGGUGACUGGCAUCCUAUUCGAGAACAAGGUUGACCACACUACCUACUUCGGUAGCAACCUGGAGUACAUUCAGGGUAUCCACAUGCUCCCUUUGCUGCCCAACUCUGGCUACACUCGUCAACAGCAGUUCGUUGCUGAGGAGUGGCAGGCUAUGUUCGCUGCCAACGCAUCAACCCCCGCUACCGGUGUGGACGGGGGCUGGAAGGGUGUUUUGUUUGCAAACCUUGCUCUCGUCGAUCCUCAGACAUCGUGGAAUUUCUUCGCUCAAGACCAGUUUGACUACAGCUGGAUUGAUGGUGGUGCUUCCCGCACCUGGUACCUUGCCUAUGCCGCCGGUCUCGGUGGUGGCCCUUAA